AUGGUCACUCAAGCGAAACCUAUUGACGGACAGAACUUAUCUCCUGGAAAUUUCUCACAAUACUAUUAUACAAAAUUGUUACCCACAGCACUUAUGACAAUGUUGACAACUGAUCAAUACCGAGUGAUUUUUUUGUACGAAUACAAGUUGGGUCACUCUGCCACCAAAGCUCUACGAAACAUCAAGCGGGCUUUUGGUAACGAUUCUGUUGACAUUAGAACUGUCCAGAGAUGGUUCCAAAGAUUUCGUUCAGGAAAUGAAAGCCUUAAAAGUGAAUCAAGAGGGAAACCAAAAUCAGAUAUUCGGCAUGAUGAAUUGAAUGCUUUGGUUAAAGGAAAUCCGAGAACAACGGUCCGAAAAAUCGGAUCAGAGCUCCAGACAUCUCCCGCAACUGCUUCUCGACACUUGAAGAAAAUUAGAAAAGUCAAAACGAUGGAUAGGUUUGUUCCCUAUCAGAUUAAUGAGAUUCAAUGA